GUGUUUUUCAAUCACUUGCCUUCCUUCUCAAUCAGAGACAUACGCCUUUCCCCACUUUUCUUUUUUCUUUUUCGUUGAAAAUUGCACAGAAAUAGAAGGGGGAAAUCCCUCCCCUCUGCUGUUUGUGGUGAGAGUAAUUUCCACAGUGUAUUAGGUGCAAACGUAGUCUUUAAUUAUUAUAUCACAACUGAAAGUAAAAGAGAAUGGAGGAGGGGGAGGAGCGUUUGCUGCUGUCACUGGUGCAGACUUUAUCCUAACUUCUGUGUCAGCUUCCUACACAGCUUUCCCGAGACUUGUCCCACAAUGCACUUUCCUGAUCCAGAUUCUAUGCUUCUGUUCUGAGUAAUGUUCCAGCAGACAGGAUGCAGAGGACAGUACUGCCACAACGAAACUCUGCUGGAGCAUGGAGCAGGCUGGAAAAUCAAUGGGAGCUGCUGAAGACCUGUCCAUUUUGAAAAUGAGACUAGCUUUUUUUUUGGUUGACAUUGAUCUGAAGAUGUGCACUUUCCAAUUGAAAACACACCUGAAAAAUCUUUGUCUGCAGUACCAGCUGUAUCUUCUUCUGAACAGCCAUUUUCUUGGCCUUCUGAAGAAUGAGACAGGACUAACCAUCUUCUUCCUGUGUGCUUAUUUACCAAAAACAGCAGCUGGUCAUUGCAAGUGGACAGAAGUUCUAAAAGAUUUGGAGAAGAUCAAAACAUCUGAAGACAUUGAUGUCAGUUUAUAUACUGCAAACACAGAUGAGGAUAAAGAAUGCCAAGAACCUGUAAUGAGAUGCUUCUUCUUAGAGAUGAAAGUGAUUCUUCAUGAAUGUUAUAUAAAAAAUUGUAGUAAAACACAGGAUGUAUUCAACAUUUUGAAAAAUGGAAAUGCAAGCUUUGAAAAUAACCAGAUGAAUUCCACGACAUCAAAAAAAUGCAAAGAAUGUGAGGAGUAUGAAGAAAAAAAUUUUACAGAAUUUAUACAGAAUUUUGUAAAGGUUAUACAGAGAGAAUGCAAAUAAUACACUGACCAAAAGACACAAGCUGGGAACCAAGAAAAUUCAAGGAACGUGCCUCAGAGAAGUCAGAUUGUCACCAACAAUAAACUGAAAAGAACUCUACUUACAAUCCUACAUACAUGGCAUAAUGGACAAAGAAUAAUAAAAUUAUUAACAUAAUGGAUUCAUAAUUGGAUAUAUACAAACAAUUCUACCUUUGAAACAUAAAUGAAAGGAAUUUAACAAGGUUUAAAACUCUUUUUAAAGCAUAUUUAUUACUUGGUAAGUCCACUGGGGAGGAAAUCUUUCCUAACUUACCUACCUUUCAGAGAAAUUCUGUAAGAAGAUCUCAGAAUAUCUUCAGUGGGAAUCUCCCUGUGAACAUCAGUUCAGAGCUGACGGACGCUUCUCACUGUUUCAGAGGAAACCUCUUCUUUUAUUAUUAUUAAUAUAAAAUUAUGUUAUCCUAUUAAAGCAUUUGUUUAUAGCUA